GCAUCCGCAACGCCCACUUCCAAAAUGGGGAAAAAGCUGUUUGAAAAGGAUGAACCAGCUGCUCUGUGGACAUGAGCACUUGCACGUAGCCUGUACUUCCUGCUCCAGAUUACCUUUUUUUUAUUAAGUCAUAACAAAGUGUUAAAAAUACACAAACUGUGACUGUAAUAUUGCAAAAAUCUUGGGGAGCAACAGUGUAACAAGAAAAGAGAAUAUAUACAACAUGGAUCGUUUACAUUCAAAACAAUGAGAGUAGAUUACAUUUUAGAAUUUAUGAUUUACCAUGUCAGGCAAGACAGCACAAAGCACAUCCUCCAAAAACACAUUCCAAAAACUGUUUCAACAAAAACUGAACAUUAGAACUCUCGUGAAUGAUUAGACAAUAGCUUUGCCUAGCUGUACCCAAUGAGUGAGGCUGGUUCAAACAUUCCUGCAUAAUAGUUUAUUAGUGAUACAUGCAAAGUAAUGUAGUGUAUUUCAGUAAAUUCUCCUCACAUGUUAUACAGCCUUGCCAUGCCCUCUUAAUGAUAUCCUCACCUGCAGAAGCUCAUCUAAAAACUACUACAAAGAUGCACUUCAUCUGGCUGCAUGGCUGCCUCUCUCCCCUUCAUGUCCCUUACCACCUGUCCAACAAUAUUUGCUUGUGAAUCUCUGAUAAUGAUAUAGGUAGUGUGUCAAUAUUAAAGUCUGUGAUAAGAAGAAAUGUCAACCCUCCAGUUUUAUUGAAUAAGUGAUUUGGAGUACAAUACUAAAGGUAACUGCUAUGUUUAAUCCAAGAUUUUAUCAAAUUUAUUUUAAACUUCAAAUAAAGUAGUUUCAAUCAAUAACUUUUAGUCUUGUAGCCUUUAUUUCUUUGACUACAUUACUGUUUUCAUAUGAUGUGGUUUGUUUUCCCAAAUAACAUUUAGAUUUGUUUGGUUAAUAGAAUGUAUUUACUUGGGGUAAACUGGGUAAAAACUACUGAAUUAACAUUCCAUCUUUGUUAGGUAAAUUCAACCUAGUAUUGAAAGGUCUCUUUGGACCCACGGAUUAAACUUUGCUUUGCAUUCUUUUAUUUUCUGCAUUCAAUGAUUGAUUUAGUUUUUGGUCAUUUAUUUGGUAAAUUCCCAGGUAUUUACCUAUAUACAUACGCACAUACACCCAUACAUACUUAGGUAAACUAAGGUAAACUGGCUGGUUUUUGCAACACUUCCGGUUCCUGCUUUGCCGUUUUACUUUACGACAGCUGUAACAUACUAGAAGUGUCAACCGCUGGCUGCAGAGUAAUUUUGAAAGGUAGGUGAUUUUCUCUAACCUGAAGGCAAACAAAAAAGUGAACAACACAGAUACAACACACUGAUGGCUGUCACACACACCUGGCGAAUGAUAUGACGAUAACCAUGAUGCGAAAAAUAACAACACAUUUUCGACAGCUGUCUUAUACGGCCCUAGCUACCUAGCUAAGCCAAAUUAGCCGGAAGCUAGCGAAGCCAGUUUGUCAGCUUUCAUCCUGGGAAUAUGUUUUGAGUGCGGGCAGAAUUCAACGUGACAUCUUCAUAUUUUCAGCCUUAGUACCCUGGAUGCAGUUUUAACACGCUGACUCAUAGCUGGGCUUCUAUAAUUUAAACACGAUGUGGCUACAGCAAAGACUAAAGGGGCUACCAGGCUUGUUAUCAAGCAGCUGGGCCAGAAGACUCCUCAUAGGACUGCUGCUCUUCCUCAUCUUUUACUGGUACCUGGGAGCGGAGCGCAGGUGGAGGCUCUUCAGCGGCUCAGCCAUGUCCGGUGGGGCGGCUGGACAGUGCUUACUGGCUGAAAUACACAGGUGGAAGUCUCUCGUAGAUCGAGGAGAGGGAAUAUACAGCACACCUCAGGAACAACUCGACACACCUUUUGUAUCAGGCAAUGGCCACAUUCUGAUUGAUAUUGACUCUAACAAACUUUGGGUAGCGUCGUCUUCACAGCCCGGCUCGGCUCCGGUGCAUCAGACGGAAUAUGCACCGAGAGUUGGCGUCCAUCUGGAAGGGAAGCGAGCCGAGGCCCAGGCUAGCAUGUUGUGGUUCCGGAAGGGAGCCGUGCUGUUUGUGCGCUGUGCCUCACCAGCCGCUCUGCAGUCAGUCCGUGACUGUGUCACCAUCAGAGAGGAGUUUAUCGCGCACAGAAGCAGACCUAACGUCUACCUCCAGCGAAUCCACAUUAACAACCCGUCUGACAGGGCGGUCUCCUUGGACGUUUCCUCCGACAAUCCCGCCUUCGGGAGUAAGUUCUCCACUAGCAUGGAGAAACUGGAGGACAGAGAGAUAAUGCUCUCCUCUGGCAGAGUGCCUGUGGAGAACAACCGGAUAGUGCUGGUGGUGGUAGUCACCAAAAAGCUGAACAGCAGAAUCCAGGUUUCUGCUAAAUCAGAAUACACAGACAACAUCCUGUCAGUGGUGUGGACCUCAGAGCCCACUGAAUCCACCAAACUUGAGGAGACCUUCAGCACCCUCAGAGAAGGAGCCAAAAAGGAACUGGGGGAGCUGCUGAGGGCCAGUGUGGAUGAGCUGGUUGUAGAUCACCAGCAAGCCUGGAUGGACCUCUUCAUUUCAGGUGUUGAAAUGAGAAAGAUCACUGAUUCCCACACACCUUCGAGCCGCACAGUGAACACCACCCUCUACUACAUCCUCUCCUCCUCCAUGGCUCCCCUGCUGGACCGCAGGCUGAGCAGCGAGGAGCGUGCUCGUCUUGAGUCCAGCCUCAACUAUGCUGACCACUGCUUCAGUGGCCACGCCACCAUGCACGCGGAGAACCUGUGGCCCGAGCGGGUGAGCAGUGCUGCCCAGAUCCUGCAGCUGGUCACACUGUGGACUCUGACUCUGCAGAAGAGAGGCUGCAGGGUGCUGGUGGCAGCAGGUGCCCAUGGAGCCAUGCAGGGUAUGGUGCUCAGCUUUGGUGGCCUUCAGUUCACAGAGAACCACCUCCAGUUUCAGGCUGAUCCAGAUGUGCUACACAACAGUUAUGCCCUGAGAGGGAUCCACUACAACCAGGACCUCAUUAACCUGGCAGUGCUGUUGGAUGUGGAGGGAAAGCCUUUUCUUCACAUGUCUGUGAAGCCACAGGAGAAGCCAGUGAAGCUGUACGCCUGCGAGGCUGGCUGCCUCAAUGAGCCUGUGGAGCUGACAUCAGAAAUCAAAGGUCACACCUUCCCUGUGAUGGUGACUCAGCCCAUCACACCGCUGCUCUACAUCUCCACAGACCUGCGCCACCUGCAGGACCUCCGCCACACCUUGCACCUUAAGGCUAUCCUCGCCCAUGAGGAGCACAUGGCCAACAGGUACCCAGGCCUGCCCUUCCUCUUCUGGUUCAGCGUGGCAUCACUCAUAACUCUCUUCCACCUUUUCCUCUUCAAGCUCAUAUACAAUGAGUACUGUGGCCCUGGCGCUAAACCCCUCUUCAGGAGCAAGGUUGCCAGCAAAAGUGACGAUGGCUUCUGUGACACCGGGAACACUGCUUGAACACUACAGUGCUCUCAUUCAAAAUGUAGCUGUGGUUGUGUUUGAGCUACAUGGGAGAUAUUAACAUAUGGGUUUGCUGGUGCUGAUUCUGCAACAAGCUCACAUAUUUUCUUCCUUUGGCACAUCAAUGUGUCACAGCAUACUUUGACAAUGUAUGACUCUGCUGGUGAGAAGAUGUAGAGACAUGUAGGUUAAAGAUGGGCGUGUGCAGUCUAUACUGUACCUGUUUUAGUUACACAUUUUUUGUCCUUCAGGCUCUAUGCUUCAGCGCAUUCAAUUUGAAAUAACACAUAAUUCCCAAAAAACAUGGGGUUCAUUUCAACUGGGCACUUCAGUACUAGCUAAGAGCUCAUGCAUGGCUCAGGGUUGAUUGAGGUGCAGUUGUUUGUCAGUAUGAGGAGUAAAGAGAUGACCAUGCAAGUAAAGACAACAAUAAUGAGGCUCAAAAAAGCAAUAGUCUAUCAGAACGAUAUCACAGGUAAUUGGUAAUUCUGUGCUUUUCAUUGUGAGGGGGUAGAAUAUCCUCAACUGGCAUAGUCAGUCACCAUAUCUCAGUCCAAAUGAACUGCAUUCCACUUGCUGAAAGACCUGGCUAAAGGCAGUGAGACCCCUCAACAAGCAAGAGCUGAAGGUGGCUGCAGUGAAGGAGCAUUUUCUUUUAACUUCAUGUUUAUCCGUCCAAUUAUAUUUGAACCCCUGAACUUUGGACACUGUUAUGGUGGCUGUGUCUCCCCCCUUUCGAUUAUAUAGGAGUUAUUGUAAUUUUUUUUUCUGCUCCAACUUAACUCAGCACCAAAUCUUCCAAGUAAAAACAGCCUUCUAAGUGUUCUUCCACAAAUGUGAACAGGAUGGAGUGCUUUGAAGCAGAUGCUUUAUUGACCAUGUUUUUAAAGGAAAACUACAGUCUAAUACAUCUUUGGUUUAAGCUCCAUACAUUUGGCAAUUGGACCAAAUGAUUUUAACUAAUACAAUAAUAUAAUGAUACUGUACAGACCAAUAAUUUUGUAUGACCAAAUUUUCUGGGUCAGCUUUGAUCUAGUGGAUUGACUGUAGUUGGGCUCACUUUUAUGUUACUCCCCAAAAACACAAACAUCUUUGCAAAUAAUUUGCUUAAAUCAUUUGUUUAAAAGUUGUCUGGCUGUUUCAUGAUGUUUUGUAAUGAAAGGUGUUCAGCAGGUGCAGUGUUGUCAUAACCAACAGAACCAAUGGCCAGAGCUAUUAAAAUAACACCCAACCUGUGGAAAUCAGAUUUUCUUCAAAAUCACUAGUAAAGCUCCUCUGCUCACUAGUAAUUGAAACCAUGGAUGUAUUAUCAGAUGGAUUGCUCACCCUGUCAUUGGGUUUUACUUUUCACAUGUACAUUAGUUUUUCUCCGGCUGGCCCUGCCCUCACAUUUUGUGCUGAGGCUAUAGACUUAACACUGAAUGUCACACACAUGAAAAACAAUUUUCUAGGCCUCCAUGAAUUAAAAAAAUGAUUACAUAAAGAAUGAUAACUGGCUGUCUUAUUUAUACAGGGAGCUCUAUGGGGAAAGACUUUUUUGGGCUGCAGGGGAUCUUUUUAGUUGUAGUGGUGCAGUGGUCACUGCACAAGACUCCAUGUCAAUGCUGUAUCCAGCUCUCUUAAUACAUUUAAACAUUCAAACAUUCAAGCAUGUUGCACUUGUGGCUAUACCCUCAUCAGUGAUGUCACAGUGGGUAUUUAUUCCUCAACAGCCAAUUGGAAACAUCUGCUGUGACAUCACUAGGGGUUGGGGCAGGAAAGUGACAUGCUUGAAAGUUUUAACCCAACCCAAAAUAAAUUUUCAGUUACACUUUUUGAUCAGGGGUAAAUGUUGGGUGCCAGUAUACACACAAUUGCCAUUUACUUCAUGAGAUGCUUUUACAUCUGAACUUAUGUAUAAUGUAAAUGCCAGUUGCUAAUGGACUCUUGGCACAUUUAUUCUGACACAUUGAGUUCAUUUGACUACAUAACAUGAUUCUAGGGUAAAAAUACCUUAGUAAAUAUUAAUGAGGUACAAAAUAUGUCAGAUUUUUUUUUCUUUUGUCAAUUAAAAUUAUUGUCAUUUCUCUUUAUGAUUUACAUGUUAUUUCUAACUCAGAAUAUUUGAAAAUUGUUCUUUAUCCAGUCUCCUUAUUUCAUGUGAACUACUGAAUGUGCCUUAAUGAAGAAAUGAAGAAAAGAGCUCAUGGGUAUAGCUAUAAUCAGACUUGAUUGUACUUGAAUGGUUUGUGGUCAUGUAAAAGUGAAGCAAAAAAUGCGUCAUUUUGUCUGAUGUUAGGGAGAAUAAAUAACCUUAUUACUGUGGGAAAAUGUAUAAUUAUGUUGUCUGCUGGUUCCAUGUUUUUCUGUGUUUAUGCAACAUUAUGCUAGAGGAAAUCAUUUAAACAUACGGCAUAUGGGGCUUACCACAGGAAUGAUUAUAUUACUAUUAUCCAAUUAAAAUGGAUUAAUUUAAAGUUGUAAUAUUUUUAUAUCAACACCUGCCUAUGUGUAAUGUGAAAAACGUUUUACUGACUUGGUUCAGUCUCAGCACUCUCAUCAUCCUUUUUUCCAGCAGCAGCUGCCAGCUGCACUAAAAAUCAACUGUCAACUACCUGCUCAGUGGCAAACCGCAGACAGACACAGAUCAGCUCGUGAACAUACUGUAUAUAACUCCAGAUAUUUUCCUACCUUUAUCAAGUGAACACAAGCACCACUCCAAAUGAAUGCUAAUGUUGUGAUGGUAUAGUGAUGUAAUGACAACGAUAAAGGUAAUAAUUUGUCAGUGUUGUGUUGAUGGUUUGUUUGUUGCUGCCCCCAAGUGUCUUAAAAAUCAGUGAGUAGACAUGACAUUCAUGGGAGGGUUGCUAGAGGGAAGCCUCUGCUCUCAAGAAAAGAGCAAAGUUGCCCCUUUAAAGUUUGCUAGAGAGCACUUGGAAAACCAGAGGCUGGCAAGUCGAUUCUCUGGACAGAUGAGUCCAAAAUAGAGUUAAUUAGCCACAGUCAAACCCAACAUGUUUAGAGAAAAGCCAACACUGCGUAUCAAGAAAAGAACCUCCUCCCACCAGUGAAGCAAGGUGGUGCAAAUGUGAAGGUCUGGGGCUGCUUUUCUGCUUCUAGCUCCUCCUGGGGAAUCCAGACCUCCACAUUAUCCAAGGAACCAUGAAUUCUCAGGUCUAUUAACAAAUUCUCAACCAGAAUCUCCUGCCAUCAGUCAGGGAGUUGAAGAUGGGCUGAAAAUGGGUUAUUCAACAAGACAACAACCCAAAGCACUCCAGCAAAACUACCAAGGAAUGGCUUAAGAGAAGAAUAGUACUCAAAGUCUGGAUCUCAAUCUGAUACAAAUGUUGUGGCUAAACCUGAAGCGAGCGGUACAUACCAGAUGUCCCUUCAACCUCUCUCAACUGGUUAAGUUCUGCAAGGAAGAGUGGGCAAAAAUCCCCAAAAGCAGAUGCGAGUGACUGGUUAGUGGGUACAGAGGACAUUUGGUUGAAAUAAUGGCUGCAACAGGAGUGCCACAGGCUAGUAACUAAAAUGGUUCACAUACUUUUGCACAUUGCAAAUUUUUAGUUUUUGCAAGAUUAACCACUUUUGUUGAAUAAAUAAUGAAAAUAUA